AUGACGCGCUGUCGUCUGUCAAUGCGGCUUUCACUCGUCGUGUUUGUUCUUUGGGGGACUUGUUAUUAUUGGCCUACAGUUACGACACAAGGAAUAUGCCUUUCCAAAACCGGGCCUACAGAUCCUCAGUCAUCUAAACAGCGCCUCUUUACAAAACAUGAGUUCCAUUAUCUGAAUGUCCGCAGAGUUGGAACAUUAACGGCACACGACGAGUUUGAAUGCACCCUAGAAUGCCUCAAGAAUCCCCUUUGUCUAUCUCUAAACACUGCGGCCUCCAGACGACCAGAUGAAAAAUUUUGGUGCGAGCUGCUUUCUUCCGAUAAACAUAGUAAUGCUAAGGACUACGCGGAAAACAUGAGUUCGCAUCACUUUUCUAAUAUGCCACCUUGUUUUUCAUCGCCGUGUCAAAACGGAGGUACGUGCGUGCCGAAUUAUAAAGACGGAACGUUUGAAUGCCGCUGUCGAAACGGUUUGGUGGGAAAAUAUUGCGAAAAAAGUGCAGAAUCGUGCAAAGAGGUUUAUGACGUACACAAGUCAAACGCCAGUCUAUUGGUUACGCUCUGUCUUGGCCAGACGCCAAUUUCUGUUCUCUGUCACAUGGGAGAUUUUGGAUGUGGAGAUGGAAGAUGGACACCGGUCAUGAAGAUUGACGGCAACAAGGAUACCUUUCAUUAUAACUCGAGAUUCUGGAGCAAUUUAGAAGAGUACAAUCUUCCUGGAGGCAUGACUGGCUUUGACGCACAAGAGACCAAGCUACCAACCUACUGGAACACAUCCUUCUCAAAAAUCUGUCUUGGAAUGAAGAUCGGCCAACAGAUCAAGUUUGUUGUCAUUACCAAGCAGACCAACUCUCUUUAUUCACUGCUCGCGGACGGGCAAUUCCGUUCUACCUCACUGGGUCGUAACACGUGGAAGACGCUGAUAGGUUCCCAGGCCUCUUUCCAACCUAACUGUAACAACGAAGGGUUCAACGCGUUUUGUACCGUUAAAAGCAUAAGGAUCGGUAUCCUUGGUAACAACGAAAAUGACUGCAACACCUGCGACUCUAGAAUUGGAUUUGGUGCAGACAAUUCUCUUGGUGACUCCAACACGUGUGGAAACGUAGCAUUACAUGGAGGAGAUAACGGCGACCAAAACAUCAGGGCCAUGGGUUACAUCUUGGUGCAAUGACAAAAAACUGACCACUUAAUAUUAAUUUUUCUUAUCCAGAAAAUACAAACCUUCUUGUUAAGAUUCAGCGACUAUGAGCUAUGGGGUCGGAGGGACGGGGGCGGCGGUUUUGUUUUACCUGCCCUGCCGGCUUUUCUUUCUUCGGUCAUUUCUUCUUUUUUCACCCAAAAUAAGAGGGGCCCUCCUCUAGAUCCGCCACUGAGAUUAUUGUUGCAGUAUUGAAGAUUUUGAUAUUAGUUUUAGGAAUAUUCUUUCAUAUAAUAGUGCCUUCUCGUGGUGGUAUAUGAAAGAACGUCAGAUCACUUGUAUUGCAAGAAAAAUGCAUGUAGAUGCGUGACAACGAAUUAAUUUUUCCUCCAGUGGUCUAACACUCCAUUGUUUUGUUGAGCUGAAACCUCUCGCGCGCGCGCUCGGCACCUACUUUACCAAGUGAAUUCAGCCAAACCAUUGACACAUCAACCUUAGCGAAGCAGAAGAAAACCAAAAAGAAGGAAGGUGGUUUGACGGUUUGUCUGCAAAUAUGUUUUGUAUGAGGAUUAGCCUGUUUCUGUUAGUACAGUGGAAGCUCUAGUGAGCGGACACAUUCGGAACGCAAAAGAAAAUGUCCGUUACUGGCCGCUAACGAGAAUGGUUUUCGUAAGCGACCAAUAGAGUUGUAAGGUGUAUAUGGCCACUUACGGGAGC